AUGGAACAUUCUCAUGAGAAACUGAAAGCUUGUAUGGAGUAUGAUGCUCAAGGAGAAGCAGUUUUAGAUCUGCGGAGGAAAAGACUCUCCAGGUUACCUGAUGCAGUCACUGAACUGAGUGAACUGGGAGUACUUCUGCUGAAUGAAAAUAACCUGACAGAAUUACCAACAAGCAUUUGCAAGUUAAAAAAUCUUAAAAUGCUCAACUUGGAUCACAAUCACUUAACCCAGUUACCUGAUGAGAUUGGUGACCUGAAAAAGCUGGUGGAGCUGAUUGUGAGUAACAACCAGUUGUCUGGUUUACCUAUGAGUAUACAGAAUCUGAACAAGCUUGAAUUGCUCUACCUGCAUAAGAACCGAUUAAACAAGUUGCCUGAUGAGAUAGGUGACCUGGAGGAGCUAAGGCUACUGAGUGUGUACAUGAAUCAGUUGGUUGGUUUACCUACCAGUAUACUAAAGCUAAACAGGCUGGAAAGGCUCUACGUAGAUGAUAACAAAUUAACAGCAUUACCCAUUGAGAUUGGUCACUUAAAGGAGCUAAGGGAGCUGAGUGUGAGCAACAACCAGUUGGUUGGUUUACCUACCCAUAUACAGAAGCUGAACAAGCUAAAGGGGCUGAAUUUAAAUCAUAACAGAUUAACAUCAUUAAUCCCCGAGAUUGGUGACCUAAAGGAGUUGAGGACGUUGAAUGUGAAAUAUAACCAGUUGAGUUGUUUACCAAGCAGUAUUCUGAGGCUGAAGAAGCUUGAGGAGUUGAAUGUGGCUGGUAACAGAUUAACUGAGUUAGGGUCUGCAGCUGAGCUUAAUGACCUGGCCUAUAAUCUGAAUAGACUGAAGGUCAGUGGUAAUCCUUUAACUGUUGAUGCAAUAAGAAUUAUUCUGGAAUCAAUGAAUAGACAGAAAAAAUACACUGAUAUUAUGGGUGAGUGCAGACUUAUUUACACUAAAUUAUUAUUAAAUUUUUAAAAAUAUUUUUAACAAGCUAUAUUUUAAAGUAAUUUGCUUGUUUCUUAUAGCCAGUAAGUAAUUCUACCAAGUACUCAAUAUUAUUGCAAAACUGUUAAGUGACCUUAAUUCUAUUUGGAAGUAGACUGUGCAGGGCUGAGUGGGCCCCAGUACCCCACAUGUAGUUUGUGGUAGAUAAGUAUGACCCAGAUAUACAUGUAAUCGAUGUUUCCUUACAACAAUAAUAAUUAUUAUUAAAAACUGAAUCAUUGGAUAAUGCAAUUCUACAGCUCUGAUUGCCUUAGCCAUCAUGGUAUAUGAGCCAUUAUACCAUGCUCUCCAAAUAGCUGUACGUAUCUGCUCUAGACUUGCAUGAUAAAUUCUGCUAGAAGAAUUUUGAGCAGAAUAAGCAAUUUCUGGGGGGAACAUUGUGCUGGCAGAAAAAGGCAUUUUCGAGCAAAAUUUGAGCAGAAUGAGGGAAAAUCAGCGGUACUAAUGAUAUGCAUAAGAGUUGUAAGAAAAAUUUAAACCUAAAUGAAAAGCAAAUGGAAAUUACCUUGUAAUUAAUUUGAUUAUUUAAUACCUACAACACACUCACAUUAAAAGUGAGAUGAGUUACAUUUUUGCUAUGCAUAGUGAAUAUCUUUUUUUGAGGGGUUAGGCCUAGGCUCCCUUCUAUCUUUGUGAGAUUAAGGGUGUCCAAGCAGAACUUUGAGCAGAAUAAGCGAUUUUUACAAGCACUGCUGGCAGGCAGAAUAAGCCAUUUUACGAGCAGAAUUUAUCCAAGCCUAGUCAAAAUUAAAAACAAGCUAAAAAUUGGUUGUUUUUACAAAUAAAGGCAGGAAGCAUUCUCGGUAUUUUGUGGGCAUUUUUCACUUGCUGGAUAUGAUAUGAUUAUAGCCCACGCGGCGCUAACACGGCUCGUUGGCUCUCUUAUAACCAUCUCAUAUCCAAUGCGCCCCCGUGGAAUAAUUGUUAAUUAUUUCAUCUUAUAUAUAUUUUUUUAGUUAUGGUGAUCAGCUGUUGAGCUCUGAGACACUACAAACUUUUAUUUGAAGGUUGAUAGGGUUUGAUUUUGUAUACCUCUUCCAUGUGAUAAUGACACAGUGGCAUAAGUUGCAUAAUUGUCUGUGUGUAAGCUACAACCUAUAAGCCAUUUUACAGUUGUGGGCUUGGUGUCCUUGCCUUUGAGAGAACGUGAGGCUGAGGUUGACCUUGUUUUGAUACAAACCUCCCUCCUUUUAUAAUGUAAAUUUUGCUUUAAAUUACUAGUUUACAUAACAACAACAUGAUUUACAUAAUAAAGCAAGAAGACUCCAGCCUCGUUUUCAACUGUCACUGUAAAAUGGACAAUUUCAAAAAGCUUUGAGACAGUGUAACUUACUAAGCCAAAAAUGGUGUUUAUCAGACUUCAUUCGAUUCCUGCCCCCUCACCUGUCAUUAAAGUUGUAAGGAUAUCGUAAUCAACUCCUGCAGUUACCCUGAUAACUUACAGAGGUUGUGCAUUCUGCUAAUUAAAGGUCAGCAAUGAUUGGGUAGGAAGAAUAAAACUAUAAUUUUCAUUAUUUUUAUCAUUUAAGUCCCUACAGAAAUUGAGGCACGAGGAGAAAGAGCACAAUUUGCUUAUCAAAACGCUCUAAGAGAUGGAGCUGUUAAUGUUUACCGUGGUCGAGUAUUGCUGAUUGGUCAGGAUCGGGCAGGAAAAACAAGUUUAAAGAAGUCUCUCAUUGGUGUACCAUUUAAUCCAAAAGAAAAAAGUACUGAAGGAAUUGAAGUGGAUCCUUCAAUUUUUCAAGUGGAUGUUGAUGAAUUUAAGGAUUGGCAACCUAUUGAUGAGAGUAAACAUGGUUUGCUGGGAUGCUCUAAAGAUGUGGCACAGAUGAUUGUGGAAAAGCUGUGUGUUCCAGUUAAUAGUCGUAAUUGGGUUCAGGAGGAGAAAGAAGGUGAAUUAAAAUAUGGCAGCAACUGUACAAAUGAUGGUCACAAGAAUGGGGAACAGAAUAUUGCUGAUCCUGCGGGUGAAAAGAAAGAAGAUGCCUUUGUGAACCAGGUUUGGGCCUAGUCAAAUCCUCAUAUUCACCAGUAUCAGAUCUUAUUUCAGGGGCACCCAACGACAAUUUUCGGAAAAAUAUCUGUUCGGAAGACGAAUUGAGAUCUAGAAUUUUAGGAACAUUUUUUCCAAAAUUUCUUGCUUGUCUUCCUCUCCUAGGAUUUUCGAACAUCUAAAAAAUGGUAUAAUUGCCCAUUUUUAACCGAUUUUUACCCUAAAAGGGUCACCUACAAUUUUCGGGAGCCUUUUUUCUGGCUGAAAUUUUCGAAAAGGUAAGUUUUGAUCCCUAUAAUUUUCGGAUCACUAGACUUUCAGCUAGGAAAUCCGAACAGAUGAAAAAUUUUUAGGGGAUAAAAAUAUGCCUAUAUCUACCUUUGAAAUACCAAAAUACGUUUAACAAUGCUAUGUUUUAGCGGUUUUGAACUAAAUUCUCGUUGGGUGCCCCUGUUAUUUAUUACUAGGACAACUGUAAGUUAGGAGUUUCAAUUUGAAAGUAAGUGUUGGCGUCAGAGCUUACAGAGAAUACAGUUUGAAAAUAUGUGGUUAAUAGAGCAUAUUAAAAAAAGAUUUCAAUAUUAUCAGGGCUCAAAGUUAGCGACUAACUGGUCGCAUAUGCGACUGGAUUUUUGGUUGUGCGCCUAAAAAUUUAUGUGUAAUCGCACCUGUGCGCCGUAAAACCCAAAGCACAGUGCGACUGACUUACUUCGGACUGUACUUACGAACUGGAACUAGAAAGACGGUGUAUGUUUGAUUGGUCUUUUCUCCCAACUUUUUGUGCAAUGGACGAUCAUGUCGAACGUUCAGUUUUAACGUCAAUCAAAACAAAAACAGUGCGGAUUAAGAGCCUUUUUUUCCAGGUAAGAAAGUUUUUUAAGUCGUAUUCCAGUUACAUGUAAGUCAUUGCGCAUUUAACACAUUCAUUAAAGAUUAAUUUUCAUUCUCGUUCGACACACUCAUUGUUGUCAGUUUUGAAUUGUUUUUCAAGUGUAAGUCACAACUGUACUGUCAAAAAGAGAAAUUAGUAUUAAAUAUCACAACGGUAUUACUGCCUAGCAAAUCGGCUGUCUUUUAUCAAUCACAGGACUGCAGUAAAAGUAACAAACUGAAGAUGACAAAUAAACGUGGCACUGUUAAAAGCUUUUUACUUUUUCUUUUGAAAGAGAUGCUCCCAUCAUUAUAAGCUGUGCUCCUAAAAUUUUCAGCUGUGCGCCUAAAAAUUUACAUCUGGUAGCACAAGUGCUCCCAAACUCAAAUUUAAACUUUGAGCCCUGAAUAUUCAAGCGGGACAGCCAUCGAUGAUGGGUGCCCGACAAAUCCCAAACACGAGUGUCCAAGAUCAUGGCUAUGCAAUAUGAGUCUUCAAAAAUAUUUUUUCACAAUUAUGAUACCUCUUAUUUCACAAAAUGACAUGAAACGAUCAGCUUUACGAUCUUCUUCUAUCAUGAAUUACAACCAAAACAAGUGUCAGAAUUUGCAGCCCCCCUAAACUGGCCAAUCACAGUAUAUACGUACCAACUGAGAGGUUGUAACACUGAUGCUCAAGGUCCGGACAAUCUGCGAGUCAUGCAAGCCAUGGGAAAAAAUAGAGUUUUAUGAAAUUGUAAAUGCAUGAAAGAUGUUACCUGCUUAGCUCCCUAUAAGGGCAUGUGCGGUUUUGCCGUUGGACUAUUUGCAGAAUUACGUAGUAUUGGUCGACUUUCAUUGAUUAGGGUUAAACUGGUUAAGCACUCGCUCUAUGCCUUUUAGGAGUAAACACUCAUUUACAACGGUUAGCUUUCGGUUUUUUUUUUCGUGUUACUGCUUUUUGGAUUUUUUUUUGAAUUUUUCUUUCGCGUGGCUCGCUAACUCGCACUGUGUCCUAACUCCAUUACUCAUCUUGAUGAAAUACAUUGUAUAAAUUAGUAAAUAAAUUUAAUUGCCAAGAAUUCAUAAAAAUGAGUAUGCAGUUAAAUUCUUUUUUCUUUCUAUUUUUGAUACCAAUUUUGCAGGUCUCUCUCGAUCCAAAUGUAGACAGAGUUAUUGGACUCGCAUCAGCAGAGCCUGAUCGUGAGUUAUUGAUUGAUACUGCUUCACCUCCAGAUGAAAUCCAGGAGCAGGCCAUUGAGUUGAUAAAGUAUGUGGAAGGUGAAGGUGUCAAAGAAGAAUCUGUUUUCAGUGUUGAAAUGUGGGAUUUUGCUGGACAAGAGCUGUAUUAUGCAUCUCAUCCUGUAUUUUUAACAUCACGUGCGAUAUAUAUUUUGGUGUGCAACCUUAGCAAAUCACUGCAUGACACCGCCCAACCCUGUGUGAGACAAGGAAGUCAUAAUUUCAUGUUGGACAACCCAAAUGGGGAAACAAAUUUGGAGAAUCUACUAUCUUGGCUGUCAACAGUGCAUAGCAUAACACAGAUGAGAGGAGAAACCUGUGACGAUUCGGAAGGAAAGCUUCCUCAUCUUCGGCCACCAGUGAUCAUUGUGGGCACCCAUGCAGACAAACCAUUUGAAGACAUUGCAACAAUGAAAUCACAAAUACAGAGGGCAAUUGCUGGUAAGGACUAUGAAGGACAUGUGGUGCGACCUAUCUUCAGCAUUGACAACACUGCAAGAUCACUUCAAAGAAAGAUCAAAAGAGUUUUCAGACAAGAUAAACACAUUGAUCACAUUCAAGCUCUACAGGACAGAAUCAUGGAAGUGCUAAAACAGGAGCCAUACAUGGGGGAGAGUAUACCUGUGAGGUAAGUCGUUAUUGACCAGGGCCCCGUUCCUUGAACGAUGGUUAAGUUUAAUCCAGGAUUAAGCCAAAUUUUUAAAUACGGUUUUCUUGUCUAAUAUCAUUCAAGCUUACCCUUUACUCUGAGAUAGAGUAAUAAUGAUACAACAUAUUAAAAGACAAUUCUAGUCUUUUGAAUGAGAAUUUCCGUUGGAAGAAUUUGGGAUUUGAGGCCUUUGUUUCAGACCUAAUGGGUUAAUUCUGCCUUCAGUUGUAAUGUUAUUUUUAGGGUUUUGAGCCUGGUUUGAAACUGUUGUGUCACUUUUUAAUCUCGAAAUUUUGCUUUCUGCACAUGCCCGAGUUUAAGAAGCUGAUAUUUUGCGUCUUGAAUGGAAGGCCGCAAAGCUGUCGACCUAUAAACAACAUUUUGGGUAGUUUUGGUUUUUUAUAGUCAGAAAGUGACCGGAAAACGGCUUGACUAGCUUCAAACAGCACUUUCGGAGAAAUUCCCAGGAACGGAAGGGUCAAAGAAGUUACUAUCAACUUUGGUGACUGAGACACUGCCCCUUUAAUACAGAAUUGACUGUGCGGUGUACUAAACAGUGACCUCUUAAUGUAGGACUAUCUUGGCGUCGAGUCAAUGAUCCGAAGUUUACCCUUCUGUUUUGGAAUGUGUGCAUGCUUUUGCACAAUUAGUCAAAGCAGGUGCUUUUCUUAGUGACAUGAAUACUAUUACGUGCUUCAUUUUUUAUAAACUAGGUGGCUCAGCUUUGAGAAGGUCAUCGAUGCUUUACAGUCCAAGGACGUUUGUCAUUUAAAUAUAACGGAACUUCAAACCUAUGCCAAAGAUAAGUGCUUUGUUAAUGACGAGGAAGAGUUCACCACCAUGGUGAAUUUUUAUCAUGACAUGGGGAUAAUUAUCAAGCACUGUAGCACAGUCAUUCUGAGUGCCAAAUGGCUGAUUGACCUGUUCAGGCAGCUGAUCACUAUUCCACAUUUUAAUAAAAUGGUAAGAAAAACGUUUAUUGUAUAAACACCAAUGAAAUACCAGGUGAGCUUUCACGCGAAAACAUGAUAUCUUCAUACGUGAAAAUAAAAUGUUAUGUUCACAUGUUAAGAGAUCAUCGUUGCUGUGGCUACAUAAUAAAUCGCACCUUUCGCAGCAAAAAAAAAUAUUCAAGUGAAAUGGUUUGGUAUUUCAUUGGUGUUUAUAUAAUAAAUAGAACAUUACAUGGCCGCUUUGAGAUACGAAAUUUCUCUUUUCGUGUUCACACUUGAAGAGAAAUUUCGUAUCUCCGCGCGGUCAUGUAAUAUUCAGGACUAUUAGUUUCAACCUGAUACUAGGCGUUCUCUACUGGAGAGAUCGAUGGAGGGUCAAAAUGCUCUUGCUCCAACGCUGUGUUUCGCGCAAGUUUCUCGUUAUAGAAGGUUAAAACGGGCGUGAUCCGACAAAGAGAAGGUCCAAACGCGCAUGAAUUUCAGAUUGCGUUCUGUGCAUUCCAUCCAUCCUUAGUGGAAGUCCUAACAAAUCCUGGCUACUUAUGUACCACGCAUGCGUAAGAGCAACGUGGGGAUUGGGAUUACGGGCUCCUAUGGUGGCCCACAAUUUGCUCUCUGAUACCUGGAUUCCUUUUUGAGGACUCUGUAAUCACUCCUCAUUUUAUUAUCUUUCAGGACCCUAAGGUUUCCAAGCACUGGGAGAAACUGAGAGAAAGCGGUGUCCUCAGCAUGGAACUAGUUGAGCAUGUGUUUUCCAAAUUUCUUCUAAAGGGCGUUGUCAGAGAUGAAAUUUUAGACUUGAUGGAGCAGUUUGGCUUGAUUGCAAAGUUCUCACCUGUUAAAACUGAUGAAAAGUAUUUUGUACCAUCUCAACUGAAAGUGCCACCUGAUUCCCUCUGUGCCAUGGUACCCUCGCACUCUGACCCCUGUCAUCUAUAUGUCUUCUUUGUUGCUGGUUUUGUGCCCCAUGGCUUGUUCACACGGCUUGUUUCUCGACUUGUCCGUUGGUGUUCUGAGGCUGGUCCAACUCAGCCCCCUACCCUGUACCGAAAUGGAGCGUGGUUCGUCAUUGGGAGACGAACUGUCCAUGAUUUAGUUCUUUUCUGCAAGAAACAGUACAUCAAGUUUUUUGUCAUGCAAAGAUCCCAAGAUCAGCAGGUCUCAGGGGAUAAAGGAAGUGAGGUUGCAAUUCAGGUGCGUGAGUUUGUGGAGGCAACACUCCAAUCUUUGUCACAGGAUCUGCUCUAUCUACGUGGGCUGCAGUAUCAGAUUCGCGUCGCCUGUCCAUACUGUCAGCUAGAAAAGUGCAGUGGCCAUAAUCAGCUGGCAUGUGCACAUGUUGACUGUCGUCAUCUCCUUGAGAUAAGAGAAGGUGGCCCACUUUUGUGCAAAAAGAAACCUUCAAAAAUAGUUCUCACAGUCGAGGGCCUGGAAAAAUGGUUCUCACUGUCAACAAGCGAGGUACUAAUGAAAUACAAUCUCUAAGCAACGCUGGUAGUUUAAAAUUAAUUGAAGAGAAAUAUAAUCUCGAAGGGUAAUUAUGUUAAAAUUAAGGCACCAUACAUGAGGCUUUAAUCACUAUCUGAAAAGAUUGAACGUAGUCUUUUUAGGGAUGAUGUCUGGUGUAAUGUGACCUAUUUAUUCUUCGACACGGCUCUCCCUAGUGGAAGAGAAAAUAAUGGAAAAGAAUAUAUCAAUAAUCUUGAAACUAAGAGGUCAUAUAAAAGGACGGUUUAUCUCAAGACUCUUAAAUUUUCUAAAAAAUUUAUCGAGCGGUUUCAAAAUUAUUCGUUAAUUUGUUAAAGUAGACCGAAAUGUUUACAUUACCGCUAAUAAGAGCGCCCCGAUACAUACUAAUCAAAUCCUUCUUUCUAGCAAUCGGCUGGAGGUAUCUCCAUGAUCUUUCACACACGUUUUUAAAAAGAUUGAAACUACUAUGAGGUGAAAUUACAUGUCAAAAGCGCUUCGUUUAGUACAGAUAACAGUCGAACAUCAAGAUUGUCCAUUUUUUACCGUAUUUCUAACCAUAAAAACUUCUUCCCAAAAUAUCUCGAAAACGCUCUUACAGAUUUCGCUUAAACUUCACGAACAUCGAAGCGGCUAUUGUAGGAAAAAGCUCCAGUAAACGAUUUUGGAAGAACAGUUCCCAGUGCCGAGAAAUACUGCUGCAAGUAAAGUAGGUAAUGGCGUCAUUUCGUUGCCAUGACAACUACGAUGUCAUUGCAACCCUGAUCAUAACAAAGUUUCAUCUUUAUCUAAGACAACUGUGGUGUUAAUUUGUCCAAAUCUUUGUUUAUGGCGACGUAGUUUACGCUCAAACGUGGGAGGUAUUCACUCUAAAAAACUGUAUCGAGCCACCUUAACGUGUAUGACCUUGCCAAUCACGAUUGUAUCUAUUGGCCUGAAGGUCUUAUAGCGAUGUGCGCUUUUUUUUUUUUCACUCGUCAUGAUUUUGUUUUGCUACUUAAGCUGACCUCAUCUUUAAUUUGAUGGAAUCAGUUUUUACAAAUGUUGGUUCAAACGCUUUCUAGACAGCACCCCAUAUAAAAGUGCUAUUUUGAAAUAUGCAAUGUUGGUUUUCUUUCAGGAAUUGCACUCAGCCUUUUCUGGUAUAACACAAAGUCAUGCACAGCCUUCAAUCUUAAAAGUUUCCCUCCUUUCUAGUGAGUGGGGGUCAUCUAAGGGUGGCUUGUCAACAAUCAACAGAACGCUUGCCAUGCAUUUGGCAAAACAACCAAACGUAGAAGUCACUAUUAUCGUACCUCAAUUUGAGUGCGGUGAAGAUGACAAGAGAGCUGCCAAGGCUCAUAACAUUUCCAUUAUGGAAGUACAUCGUCGCCCUGGCUUUAGUGAUCCCCUUGAUUGGUUGAGCUUUCCACCAAGAAACCUUGACAUUCAGGUCGUGAUUGGUCAUGGUGCAAAGCUUGGUAAACAAGCUCAAAUCAUCCAAGAGUCUCAUUGUUGCAAGUGGGUUCAGGUAGUGCACACCGAACCUGAAGAGCUAGCAAUGUAUAAGAACUAUCCUGGCGCAAUUACCAAGGGAGAAGGAAAGAACAGAGAUGAAGUUGAGCUGUGCCAACUUGCAGAUCUCGUUGUGGCAGUUGGGCCCAAGUUGACAGAAGCAUUCUCGUCCUACUUGAGUUCAUCUCAUCAAGAUGUCUUCCAGCUGAUGCCAGGCACCUUUAAAGAGUUUUCAGAUGUUGAGCAUGCUACUACGCGAGCGAGUGCGAAGUUCAAGGUGUUAACCUUUGGCCGUGGUGAUUUUGAAGACUUCAGUCUCAAAGGAUACGACAUUGCCGCUCAAGCAAUAGUUGAAUUGAAGGACAGUUCUUACCGUCUGAUCUUUGUUGGUGCACCUGAUGGAAAGCAGGACGAAGUCGCGGAAAUCUUAUGCCAGACGGGCAUUCCAAGAAACCAGUUGUUUGUCAGAUCAUUUUUGAAAGACAAGCAAAGAUUAAAAGAGUUGUUUUUUGAAGUUGAUGUGGCCAUCAUGCCUUCAAGAACUGAGGGUUUUGGCUUGACAGCACUGGAAGCCAUGUCAGCCGGUCUCCCCAUUCUAGUAAGUGGAAACUCCGGAUUUGGAGAAGCACUGCGUUGUCUUCCAAUGGGCGAGUCAUUUGUGAUUGAUUCGGAUGACCCCAAGGAAUGGGCAAAGGCAAUAGUAGCUAUCCAACAAAAAUCUAGGGCACAGCGGCUUGAGGAAAUCCAAAGACUUCGAAGAAGCUAUGAAGAGAGAUUCAGUUGGGAGAGACAGUGCAAAUCUCUUGUUGACACGAUGUGGAAGAUGGUUUAUGGUAAGAAAUCAAAUUCUUACCCUAAGGGCCUCUUCAUAUGAGCCCGGUUGACCGGGCUGGCUCGGUUUCCGAGAUCUCGCCUUACCUCUAAAUCCUUUUUAAAAGUUUCGAUAUGUUCAUAUGAGAGGGCGGGCUGGCUCGGUUCCCGAGAUCUCGGUAAGCGGGCUGGAAAUUUUGCCAUAUGAACACUUCAUCCCGGUUACCGGGAUGAAUUCUGGCGGUCCAGAUGGCAUCGUCUUGCAUUAUUUUCCACAUCAUAAGUAUCCCAUUUAACUGCAGUGAUACAGCUUUAAGAGUUACCGAUGCUCAGAUAGGCCCGAAAGUUUAAAUUUUUGUGUUUGGCCAUGUUUGCUCUGUUUCCCGAAUUUGACGCCAGAAUUCGUUCCCAGGAUCUUUGACCUUUUCUCAUCUCGGAAACCGGACUGAAAUUUCUCAUAUGAACCCAAGGCGAAGUUCAUCCCGGUAACCGGGCUCAUAUGAAGAGGACCUAAGUAAAGUAACGAUAAUUUAAAUGAGCAAUUUUAGGAUGAGGCUGAGUAUGAUCUGAAAAAUUUUGUAGAUCGUGGAGGAUGCUGGCCGAUGCGGAUAACACCCUACGAGAUCUGCAUAAUUUUGCACAUCAUUUGAAAUCCCAAUCCAAUUAUUGUUUUAUUAUCCAUUCAAUAUAGUUCAUACUUGAAAAACAUGCCCGCCUCGAUCGAUGUUAAGUUUCUGUCUUCAACUUCGUUCCAGGGCCUCUCAGUUGCCGUCCCCUUUUCUGGCGAUAUCCUACACUAUUGACGUCAUUUUACUGGAUAUCGCUAACGUCUUCCAAAUUCGAUCAUCGCAAGCUGGCUUUGAAGAAAUAGCCGUGGCAUUUGAGUCAUUCUCAUUUUGUUCUGUUGAAACCACCGUAAUUUAAAAUGGUCCGAUGGUUUUUGUUUGGACCUGUGUUCUAUCUCCCAUAGAGCGUUUUCACUCACGUGGCGAGCAUCUACGCCAAUUUGUUGGAACAAAAUAAAGUGUUUAUAUAAGAAAAGAGUUCAACUCCCACAGGAUUGCUUUGGAACACUAACAUGGCCGCCGUUUCGUUGUUUUGGAACACUAGUAUGACCGACAUGACGUCAUGUGAAAACGCUAUAUUAAACUGACGUGAAAUAACCUGUCGCAUUUUGGAUUUUUCCUCUCUAUCAUUUGCAGGUGAACUGGUUUUCCUUGCACUUCAAAAAAUCAAGCUGGAAGCGCGUAGAGAGGCCAGCAAAACUGAGCUGUCGUUGAAUUUAAAGAGGAUUGCUUUGGAGAAAGGUUUUGUGAUUUCUGACAAUCAAGGGGAUGGAAACUGCAUGUUUUUUGCACUUUCAGAACAACUUGACCGCAUCAAAGGAAUUAAAAUCAGCCAUGAAGAGUUACGCCGAACUGUUGUCCAGUACCUCAAGGACAACCCUAGGCUGGUUAGUGUCCUUUUUUUAGCGCCUCAAAAUUAUUUCUCUCAGACUAGCAACUUAAACUGACCGAAGCGGAGAAGGGUCCGAGCAUAAAUGGAAACAGACGGGGGAACAUUUCCUUUUUUCGCCUCGGCCGUUAAGCUUCUUUUGCUUACGUUUAAAGAAACAGACCUGUGACUUGACUGAAAUAGACCUUUUCCACCACGGUGGCUUUUUUCCUGCUCACUUCUCUUUUGCGUCAUCCACAUUAUCUGAACGCUUGAAGAGAAUAAUGGACAUAUAGAGUUGGUCCUCAUCGUUCUUUAUUUAUUUUCUUUGAAACUUGAUAAGGUGGACACCUCUCUCAGAGUACGACUACUAACGGUGUCUGUGGCCCAGGGGAGUACUCCCUGUUAUGGCCUAUAGGGGGAGGCUCCGCACAAAAGGGGUACCUUUUCCAGGCUUCAGGUAUAUGAAAGGGUAGGGACUUCAUUAGUUUCAGUGUAGAAAGGGGGUAGGGAGAUCUGUCAUUUCGGUCUGUAAAAGGACUGAAAAGAGCUAACAGACGCAUUUUAUGGAUGUAAAAGAAACAAGAAAACUUAUUGGUUUAGUGAUUUAUUCAUUAAAAAAAUGGUGCAUUUACAGCAGUUUUAACUUUGCAUCCCUUUUAAAAGGGAUGCAAAGUUCUAAACUACAGUAGGUAUGUGAAAGGGGUACCAUUUGUCAAUAGAAGGUAUACGAAAGGUAAACCUUUUCUGUCAAAAAUGGUUUAUAAAAGUGUAAGGGGUUGGACCUCGGGGCGGAGCCUCCCCCAAAUAAAAUUGUUGAGUACACCCCCCCGGGGGGGGUCUGUGGUGGAGAGAGGUGUCUGCGUAGUUUUCGGAGUAAAAACCGUCUAGAAAUGCACUUUGUCGUCUUUGUAGUAACUACAGCAUUUGUUCUCUUACAGCCGGAUGGGACAGAUCUCUUCCACUUUGUUGAUGGAUAUUCAUCUUGGAACGCUUACCUUACAACCAUGAUGGCAGAUGGUACAUGGGGUGAUCAUGUGAUUCUCCAUGGGGCUGCAAACUGCUUUGAAACAUGCGUUCAUGUGAUCAGCAGUCUGCUGCAUCACCAUGACGUUAUAAUCUGCCCAGAGUAUGAUGUUACUGGUAGCAACCGGCUUGUGCUGGGUCACGUGCAUGAGCUUCACUAUGUUAGUCUUAUUCCACGUGAGGUCUAA